GCCAGCUCAGAGCCGGUUAAAGCGCAUCACCUGGGCGGGCGAUGGCUGUGCUUGCGCUGCAGCCGGCCCGCGACUGUCGCGAUCUCGAAGGGCAGGUCUCGGCUGAGGUGCCGCGGCCGGUGGAUUAAAGAGGCUCGGCCACGCGAAGAAGCGGGGAUAUGGUGGCUCACGAUGACGCCGGGGGGCUGCUCCCCAUCAAGAGGACGAUCCGGGUGAUCGAUGCCCAGAACCAGUCGUUCCGGGAGCAAGAGGAGCCCAGCAAUAAGCGGGUCCGCCCUCUGGCUCGGGUCACCUCCUUGGCAAACCUGAUUUCUCCCGUAAGAAAUGGUGCAGUGCGGCGAUUUGGGCAGACAAUACAGUCAUUUUCCCUUCGUGGUGACAGCAAAUCGCCCGGGAGUGCCCAGAAGUUGUGCAGCCGGUCAGCUGCCCCAACCCCUCCAAAAAGAAGGAACAGCGUCCUUUGGUCUGAGACGCUGGAUGUCAACAUGAAAGAGACCCUGAGCACGAAAGAGAUCAAGCGCCAAGAGGCAAUACACGAGAUGUUCCAGGGUGAGAAGGAUUUGAUUGAGGACCUGAAGCUUGCAAGAAAGGCUUACCAUGACCCCAUGCUGAAGCUGUCAAUUAUGUCUGAAGAAGAGCUGGCUCACAUCUUUGGUGACUUGGAUUCUUAUAUUCCUUUGCAUGAAGACUUCCUGGCAAGACUGAGAGAAGCAAAACGGCCAGAUGGGACAGUGGAGCAAAUUGGAACCAUUCUUGUCAAAUGGCUGCCGGGACUUCAUGCCUACAAGGCUUACUGCAGCAACCAGCUGGCGGCGAAAGCCCUUCUCGACCAAAAGAAGCAGGACCGCAGAGUCCAGGACUUCCUGCAGCGCUGUCUGGAAUCCCCUUUCAGCCGCAAGCUGGACCUCUGGAGCUUUCUGGAUAUCCCCCGGAGCCGUCUGGUCAAGUACCCUCUGCUCUUGAAGGAAAUCCUCAGGCACACCCCCAACGAUCACCCGGAUGUCCAGAUUCUGGAGGAAGCGAUCUCCAUCAUUCAAGGGGUCCUCUCAGACAUCAACUUGAAGAAAGGGGAGUCCGAAUGUCAGUACUAUAUUGAUAAGCUCGAGUACCUUGAUGAAAAACAGAGGGAUCCUCGGAUUGAGGCCAGCAAAGUCCUGCUUUGCCACGGGGAGCUCAAGAACAAGAAUGGGCAUAAACUCUAUGUCUUCCUUUUCCAAGAGAUCUUGGUUCUGACUCGGCCAGUGACGCGCAACGAGCGCCAUUCUUACCAGGUCUAUCGCCAGCCCAUCCCAGUUCAGGACCUGGUGCUGGAGGACUUGCAAGACGGGGACGUGAAAAUGGGAGGAUCCUUUCGAGGGGCGUUCGGCAAUUCUGACAAAGCAAAGAACAUCUUCCGAGUACGUUUCAGAGACCCGGCCCCCGGCCAGUCCCACACCCUACAGGCCAACGACGUCUUCCACAAGCAGCAGUGGUUCAACUGCAUCCGCUCCGCUGUGGCCCCCUAUCAGCCGACGGUCGUGCCGCCUGAGCUGAAAGAGCUGCCCGAACUCAGCGAGGAAGGGGAAGAGAACCACCCCUCAGUGGCCAGCGCCAAGGUCCAGAGGACGCCGUCCACCCUCUCCGGCAGUGUUCACAUGGAGCUAGACGAGAACACUCCCGAGGCCAGCCCCGGGAUGGACACGAAUGGGGAGGCCCAAGGCCCAAAGCCGUACAGGAUGCACGCUGGACUCAGGAGGACGCGGGAGAAAGCCCAGCUGAGUGGCAAGCGGAAAGAGACCCUUGUCUGAAGGAGGCCGGGGGACAACUUUCUCCACUGUUUAUUUAUAAAUAAAACGUGUACAUUUUCUUUCUCUGUCAUGUGAGAAUGGUGUGAGGGGUCAUCCCUUCCGAAAUGUCUGUGUGUCCUUUUUUUAUGUUUAUGGCAGCUACUGGUUUGCAGCAAAACCGCUGUUGAAUUGGGGUCUAAUCUAAAAACAAUUACAGACCUUGUUUCUGAGUUCUGGGCAUGACACUCCGAAAUUUUUGGAACUUGUAUAGUCCUAUCGGUGAGAAAAUGCCAUUUUUUUGAAGCCCAGUUUGCGAAGAAAGAAGUAGAAUUGCACCAUCUUAUGAACUUAUUCUUCUCACCAGAUAAAUAUUAUGUAUUGAUUAUCUAAAAGUGAAUAUUCUAUAGCUGGCAGUGCAAUUCUGAUUUACACACCAACCUCAGGGUGCUUAAUCUGGAGAAUUACUUAAAAACCAACAUCAUUACUCUGGCAUUAAGCAUAGAGGGAAAUGACCUAGAGGCUAUAUCUCUUGAAAAAGCAAGACUCCCCGAAUUCAACAGGUUUCCUUCUUAUUGACUGGAAUUUUGUUUUAUUUUUGUGUUUGUUUGUUGUACAUUCCUCCUGUGAAUUGAUGUGACCUGCCAAGUAUUUAAUCUUUUUUUAAAAAAUUGCAUUAAGUUUGUAGAGAACUCCUUUUGUACUUCAUUUUGAGUGUGAGGUUUUUUUUUUUACUUUUGAAUUGGCUUCUUUCAUUUUCUGAUUAUGUGAUGUGUGUGUUAUGUUAUGUCUAUUUAAAAGCCAGUUCAGGGCUUUACCAGGUGAAACAAAGCCAUAAGUUCUUUAGCCAUUGGCAUUAAGAGAUGAUAAAGAGUUCCCCUCUUGACCUGAUCCGGGGUUUCUGUGCCUUUUCAAGGGCUCUACUUCAAGCAAGGAGGCGUUGAAUGGUCAAACGGUCUCCACUCCUCGAAAAGGCACAGCAAGAUCUCCAGUGAUCAGGAAAAAUGGCAAUUGUGGGGAAGGGGAGAAUUAAGAUUAAAGUUCAUUUUGAUGUAGCAUUUGGGGUUGACCACAGCAGACUUGUAGAGCCGCUUGUGUGCUCUGAACUACUGAAAGGGGAUGGCAGUGGAUACACAAGGCGGAGAAGAGGUCACAGAAGGUGUAGGCAAAGGGGAAAAAACCACGAUAACAAAGAUCGUGGAGGGACGAGGUGGUAUUUUGAAGGGCGUCCGAAGAGGUUGGUUCUCGGAAGCCAAGGAAGGCACCUGUAUGUCUGAAGAAGGGUUUGGGAGGUGGUGGCGUUGGAGCGGGGCAUGGUAGUGGGAAGUCCAAAGGACAUGGAUGAAGUCUGACAACUUGCAUUCUGGUGGAGGUUCUGGAGGGCCAGGUCUCCAGGAGGGGAGGGCAGCUAAGUGUCCAGCAAAGGAGUGGUGGGUCAUCCAUCCAUCCUGGUUACACACCUUAAAGCUCCCCCCCCCCAAUGUGGCCCAAGAGAAAGGAGGGGAGUGCAAGCGAGCGUAGACAAGACGGGUUCUGGUGCAGAAGAGCAUCUGGCCAGAAACAAAACGACGGGAAGGAAAUUUCUGUAAGCAAAUGUAAAUAGACAACAACCAAAGCACUGUGGUUCUCUGUAAAAUUGUUUCUUUGUACAUUGUCAAGAAUGGAGCAUAAUUAAAACUCUUAAUUGCA